AUGGAGAGUGAUAGUUGCAGAGACCCUAAUGGCAUUCCGAACCCGAAAGAAGAAGAAAACCCAAAAAAUUUUAAUGCCAAGCCAAAAGUAGUAGUGAUAAUGGGAGCAACAGGUUCUGGAAAAUCUCGUCUCGCCAUUGACCUAACUUCACUAUUCCCUAUCGAAAUCAUUAACGCCGAUUCCAUGCAGGACAUUGGGUUUUGUGUGGAGCACACAAGUUUUACUGUACAGAAAACAGGUAAUUUCUGCACAGUCAUGGCUGGCAACUACACACUUGCAUGGGACAAUUCGUAUUCAACCUUUUUCAAGAAGGCACUUGUGAGUCGAUUUCUUUUAGAUGAUUCACCUGUGGAUACUGAUGAACUCAGCCUAGAUAAAACAUAUGGAGAUAAACAACAACCUAUUGAACUUAUGCAAGAACAAGAGAAUUUUAGUUAUGGUUAUGAUAAUCUUAAGGAUCUUGAUCCAGUUACAGUAAAUAGAAUUCAUCCAAAUGACCAUAGAAAGAUUAAUCAAUACCUUCAUUUAUAUGCUUCAUCUGGUGUUCUUCCUAGCAAAUAUCUUCGGGAAAAGACUAUGGAGAUUGUACAAUUGACAACAUUCAGAAAAUUUGAGGAAGCUUUGGCAUUGUUUAAGCUACUUGCACUGGAAGAUUCAAACCUUCGAGCCUUAAAGUUGCAGUCAAUUCAUAUCAGGUAA